AUGUCUACACUGACUGGCAAGACAAUCGACAAGUUCCCCUUCGCCUCUUCCCCGUCUUCCUCCUCGUUCCUGCCCGGCCAGGCGGCGACCGUGUCCGGCGUGCUGAUGGCCCGACCCAAGUCGCGAGACCACCUCGACUCCGUUGCCGGGGCUCCUGCCGGAGGCCGCAAUCGGCUGUCGGUCACCUGGCACCUGAAGCCCGAGUACCACACCUGCCCGAUGGUGGGCCAACUGGAACCGGCCACCGGACCCCCUCGAAUGCUGGCCUCCGACGGACCGAUCGGCGAGAGACCGGGUCGUCCGAGCUCGAGACACGCCGGCGCCGGCUGCUGUACCGCCGCGGCGCCGGGCCCCACGAAUGGCGCAACCGCGGGCCGAGUUCUGCUGGCCGAAAGGGAGGCUGGCGAGUCUUCUCGCGGCCUGCUCGUCGAUCUGGUACCUGCCAAGAUUGAGCUGAUGCCCGUCGACCAGUCGGGAUAUGCUCAGCUGGUGCACGACCAAGCCCACUUCCACCAGUGCCACAUGCGUCAGCUGUCCACGCCGAACGAGCGCUCCUCCAGCCCCAAUCUCUACACCAAAUUCCCCACCAGCUUCGUGUAG